CCAUCACCCCCAACUACAACUCAAAGAACAUCCUUGGAAUUCAUACCUAUUACAGCACAGCCAUGGCCAGAAGCAUUUUCACCUCCUGCAUUUUCAUUCUUGCUCUCAGCAUCUCUGUCACCAACCCUCUCAAAUGUUACGCGGCUCGGAAUCUCUUGCAGGCCAACAAUAAUCCUGUUGUGCCUGGAAUUCCCACUAUCCCUGGAAUGCCAACCAUUCCAAUCACUGGAAUUCCUACUAUCCCUGGAAUGCCAGCCAUCCCUACCAUUCAGGCCAACAAUCCUGCUGUGCCUGGAAUGCCAACCAUUCCAAAGGCAGCCGCGUCGCCAAUGCCUUCUAUUCCUACCCAGCCAUCAUUUCCCACCAUUCCUGGGAUUCCCAAAUUUGCCAUGCCUCCUAUGCCCUCUUUCCCUUCUUCUUUCCCCAAAAUCCCUUUCCCCUUCUUCUCUCCACCACCUUCAAAGAACUAAUAUAAUUAUCAUGUCAUGAUAUAUACUUGAUGAAGAUUUAGACCGCAUUUGAAUUGGUUGGAUCGACCGAUCUUGCAUUCUUGCCCAUGUUCGGAGUGAUCGAUGUAGUUCUUCAGUUCCAUUGUGUUUAAGUUUGUUGCAUUGUCAUAUACGUGCAUGUUAUUACCCUUAGCUUGUAAUAUAUGGUUCAUGGUUGAAUGAUUUAAUACUUAUUUUCUUUUAA